GUAGCAGCUGUCCUCGCCGCGGAUCAAAGACUCGCAACCCUACUGUCAAACUGAAUACGCGUUACCAUCCAUUUGCGACAUGAUUUACGCGAUAUCGUGCUACGUUUGAGCCGCCUCCUGAUCUCGCAGGACGACUUCACAUCAACCCGGUUCGUCUCCGCUUCACCGAGACAAUUCACUUUCCCUGGCAGCUCCCGACCUGGCUCACUGCAAAUUCCCUGACAACCAUGUCGAUUUUGUUUGUUUAUUACUGCAGGAGGAACAUAUGACUCGUAUUCACUUUUGAUACCCCCCGGAGCCUCAGUCGCCAAGUUCCGAUUGCACAGCUUUGCCUCGAGAUUAUCCAUAACCCUCCUUGUGGACAACGGCCCACCUAACACAAUUAUCAAUACGCUGGACUCAAGACAGAAGAUCGGGCAAGGACGUUAAAUAUGGCUGGCAAAACCUCUCUCUCUCAUCUUCUUUCUCCUGCUGAUGUCUCUGAUGAACUCCAGUCGAGAAGCCGCCGUCACUCUCCUAGAAUAUCUCAUAGAGGAUCCCCUGACUCCGAGCUUAACUCUGCAAACACCUCUCGCUCCCCUUAUUCUUUCCCUUCUACACCCUUGAUCACCUCGUUCGAAGAUACUUUUCCUACCGACAAGCGUCGAAAGACUCUAUCCAACACACCAAAGUCCUUGCCGGCUAAGGACAGUGAAACCCCCCCCCAAUUACUCCAUCCAACACGAAACCCCGAUGGAGAAACGGUCGAAAUGAAUGGUUCCUACGGAAGCAUGUCUAGCACUAACGGGGCACUUGCUGGCAACAAGAGCAUCACCACUACGCCAUACGACGCAGGAACUGAGGCUGAUAGCUUGAGUAAAAGCGCUGCCAGGACCGCUGACUUUCAGCAGUCGUAUCUUGCUCUGAAUUACCCCGUUGUUCCUGGUCCGCAGGACGGACAGACCAGGGCUCUUCUCCCUAAGGGAAGCCCUAGAAGUACUAUUUCCAAGAGCGGCCAUCGAGCCAGGAGAUCUUUAUCCGCGAAAGUCAGAGACUUUACGAGACGACUCGGCCGUCACAAUCGUAAUACAGUAGGAGUCAAUCAGGACGCUGAAAUCCCGCGUGCCUCGUCGCAGCCGGCUCCAAACCUGACUUCCAGCCUUGAUAAUGGCAGGCCUAGAAGUGCCCACAGUGCUGGAAUGCACAGCCCCAUCACUAAAACCCAAACCGGGGAUAUUGCGUCGACUCCUAUUAUGGACGGGAAGUCGCCUGAAAUUUCCCAGCACCCGAAAGGCGACCACGUCAUCGAUAAUAAUGCCCAGGAGAGCAAUGCGGAAGUAUCCGAUGAUCUUUCUUCAUUUGAUUUCGAUGGAGACCUGCAUCAUGACUGCUUUGGUCUUGAUGGCCAGGUAGAUCUCCCUCCUUCGGCUGCAAGUGCCUCGACUGCCAUGUCUACUGGUCUCAGAACCUCCGGCCGUACUAGGAAACCCACUAUUAGGGCUCUUGAGUCUAUUGAAUCCCAGCAACGGCUGCGCAGGGCCAAGACAGCCGCGAAGAAAGUGGAGCCCUCGGAUGUCCGAGAGCCCAAGGACAAGGUCACUCCCUCCCAAGGAGAACAUGCCAUUCCCCCGGCACCUGAAUUUGAGCAAAACAAACUGGACCUUCAGCAGAUAUCUAAACAACUGUUUGACGCUGCGGUUGCCGUUCUCUCAUCAAACCUCGAUGAUCCUCUGGACGUAGAUUCUGUCCUGGACGAGCUCCGGAAAGAGUACGACGAGGCACAGAAGCAAGCUGCGGACGUGUCUGUGUCCAAUGGUACUAGGCUGGGGGGUAGUAAACCGGGCGAAAGUCAUACUAACACUUUCGGUGAAGAAGUUGUGGUGGUGCCAAAGAAUUUCGAGUGGUAUCGACCAAAAAAUACUUACGGGGAUGACCAGCUCCCCAUCCCGCCAAUUCGAGUCAAAUCCGAGGAGCAGGUCAAGAAAGAUCGGAUCUUUGGAUAUCCACCCCCGGUUGGGGAACGCAACAUUCCUCGAGGUUCGCAGGCGCUAUUUGUUGUAGAAGAUGUUGAAAUCGAAAAAGCGAAGGUUAGGGCUCGUGAAGAGGCUCGAAAGAGAGACAUAGUCGUGCACUCAUCGAUGUCAUUGGAUGAGCUACGCGGCCUUAUCAGAGAACAUGAUCGGAAAAGUUCUUCAAACACCAGAUCGAGCACGCCUGAACAGGCCGCGCCAGUCCCGUCUGACAGUGAAUCGGGAAGACUUCGUAAGAGACGUCGCGACAAGGUUCCAAGCAGUGAACCGCAACCGAGAAGACGACGUCAAAUUCAUAUUACUCGAAACGCUACAGAUAAUACUUUCACCGCUGCUAGCAGCCCUGCUGCUAGUCCUGCCACUCCAAAGGGCAACUCAAGGGAGUCGCCUAUCCCGAUGCCUGCUGGCCUAAGGAAGAAUGGGAAGAACUCGCCUACUAAGGGGAAGAAACGUACGCUUACAGAUUCUGAAACUCAGGAGGAGCAAAAGCCAUUGAAGAAACUUAAGCUCAUCAUAACGCGGCCGGGGAUGAGAAGGGAAGUCACUUCUACGACGAAUGCGAGUGAUCUAAAUAGCCAGACUUUGACUGUUACCACUACUGCAGUCCACAAUAUCACACCAGACGCCCAGCUCGCUAGUAGUGCUGAGCCAAAUGGAACAACCCAAUUUACCAUUCACAACGGCGAGAACACCAGCGGACGCCCUAGGCGCCGCGCUGCCGCCGCUGCUUCGGCCGCAAACACCCAGACCAGUGGCAGAAACCGCAGGACUAAUAAUACGCACAAGAGAAAGGCAACGGAGACGACUCAAACCCAAAAUCAUAUUGAGGGCGAAGGCGAUGGCGGUUCGGGUUCUCAGAUACCUGAAUAGGACGCUUGUUGAGUUCUUGUUGACUAUUCACCGGCACGGUCAUCGAUUCGAUGAAUUUACCACCUACCAUUUGCAAAAGCAUGGAAUUGAUCCGAGAAGAAGGCAAGGUGAACUAGAAAGUUCUACUUAUCAUUGUUUACUAUGGAGAUGGGUUCGUAUCCUUGUACAACUCACCAUCGGAAAAACAAAGCAUGAAGUCAGUCAUGGGGUUAGGCGCACGUUAAGGUGUUGGGGCCCAGAUUUUAAUUUCGUUACUUCAGGCGUCAUGGAUUCGACUGGACCUGAGCUGAGAAAGAGAACAUCGCAUAGCGGGAAAUGAUUCAAAUUGUCGGGGCCGGUUGUUUUUUUUCUUUUGCUUUUUCUGUUGCGGGUUUCCUCCCUUCUUUGUCCCCGGCCAUCCUCCUUAGAGGAUGUGAUAUGAUAUGAUAUGGAUAUAUCAUCAAAUGACCUGUACUUGCAACAAUGCGGUAUUUAAAUACCAUGCCUGGACUAGUUAAAUAGGAAUAUGUAAUGGAGCACUGGGAUUAGGCA